AUGGCCUCUGCGGGACCACAACACGCUAAUCUGGGCCCCAAACAGGAGAAGAGCAUCAGGCUUGAGCCAGGCACCCUUCCAGCAGGGAGAGCUCUGCUGCGCCGGGCCUGGCACCUCACUCAGCAGCAGGCAAAACCCAUCUGGAAUUUAGAGAAGAAAUACGUGAGUGCUUUCCAGGAUUGCAGCCUGCUGCCCUCAGGGAUCCCUCUGCAGCAGCCCUGCUUCUUGUGCCCGCCGUCACUAUGCCACACGCACCCCAGUGAGGACGACCUUCCGAGCCUGCCCUUGGCCCGGCCCUGCCUGGGCCUGAGCAGGAGUGCUCUGCGCUACCCAGGCUCCUGCCUCCGAGCCAGGCCCUGCGGGUUUCCUUUCCAAAGCCCUCUGGACACUGGCUCUGCCACAGGAAGAGAGAUAUCUGCCUUGCUGAUGGAGCCCUGCCUGCUGCCUGCGCUGGUGGAGGAGCACUCUGGGGCUGGGGUCAAAGGCUCUGCCCUCAGCUCUGGUCGGCAGGCUUCCAGCCCCUACAGACCGGUGCUCAAUAACAGCCCCUUCCUACAGCCAUGCAGUGCUAAAGUGCCUUCGCUGCAGUCACUGGAGAUCAAGAAAAACACCCACAGAUUCUCCCCUGCCUCGUGGUCCCACUCUGGGGACAAUGGAGAUGGCUCCAGAGCAGCGAAAAGCAGCGACCUCGUGUUGGAGCGAGCCACAGUCCCCUUGCCGACCCUGUUGCCCAGCAGCGUGAUCCUCGGGAAGGAGGGGUGCUCGCCAGAGGGUGCUGAGGGGAGAGUGCGCAGCCUGAGAGAGCAGGAGCCGGAGCUCGGCCUCGCAGAGGCCAUGCAGCAGCUGGACAGCUCUGCACGUGGCGCCGAAAGCUCCAGCCUCACGAAUGUGGGCAGCCUGUCGGAGCGGCACAGCAGGCGGGGGCAGCACGUCGUGGCACAGCUCACCCCGAGAGGAACCAGGGCUCCUCUGAACCCGGAGCUGGGUCAUCGUCACCUUAACGGCAGCUCGAGCCGCGUGGGCGCCGGUGACGCCGCCGUCCACGCGAAGCACCUCGCUGCCGUCUCAGAAGUGACAACUCGGAUGUCCGCUCUCCAGCUGGAGAAAGGGGCCCAGGCUGUGCUCCCAGGAAAGCUCGACAUCACUGCUGAGCAGGCACUACUGGAGCCAAGCCAUCCCCAGGAUGAAGCAGAGGAAGAACUUCUUGAUGGCCUGGAUGAGAGCUGCAGUGAGGAGGAGGAUGAGGACAGUGACUCAGAUGCAUCCUCUGUUGCUGGAGUGUCAUCCAGUGGCUCUGUGGCCCUUACGUCCAGGAACUGCAUUGAGUGCCUGGCCCAGCCCACUGAUGUUCAGGAGAAAGUGCUCAAACCAGCUCUUGUCUGCAGUUUGUUCCCUAAUGUGCCUCCAACCAUCUACUUCAGUACUCGGGAAGAGAGAGUGGAAAAGCUGCCCUGGGAGCAGAGGAAGCUGCUGCGGUGGAAAAUGUGCACAGUCACUCCCAACAUAGUGAAGCAAACUGUCGGCAGGUCCCACUUCAGAGUCAGCAAGAAAAGCAAUGACUGGCUGGGUUGCUGGGGCCACCACAUGAAAUCCUCCAGCUUCAGAACCAUCAGGGAGCACCAGAAGCUAAACCACUUCCCUGGUUCGUUUCAAAUUGGGAGAAAGGACCGUCUGUGGCGUAACCUGUUGAAGAUGCAGGCUCGCUGUGGGAAGAAGGAGUUUAACUUCUUUCCCCAGUCCUUCAUCCUGCCCCAGGACAUCAAAUUACUCAAGAAAGCGUGGGAGGAAGGAGCUAGCCGCCAGAAAUGGAUUGUGAAACCACCAGCAUCAGCAAGAGGCAUUGGUAUCCAGGUCAUCCACAAAUGGAGCCAGCUCCCCAGAAGGAGGCCGCUGCUGGUACAGAGAUACCUGCACAAGCCCUACCUCAUUGGAGGGAAGAAGUUCGACCUGAGGAUCUACGUUUAUGUCACUUGCUACGAUCCCCUCAGGGUCUACCUGUUCAAGGAUGGAUUGGUUCGCUUUGCUAGCUGCAAGUACUCCUCCUCGAUGAAGAGCCUCAGUAACAAGUUCAUGCACUUGACCAACUACAGUGUGAACAAAAAGAACACAGAAUACAAGUCCAACUCAGAUGAGACUGCUUGUCAGGGACACAAAUGGGCACUCAAAGCUCUCUGGAGUUACCUGACACAGAAGGGAGUUAAUAGCGAGGCCAUCUGGGAGAAGAUUAAGGACAUCGUUAUCAAAACCAUCAUUGCAUCGGAGCCCUACGUGAACAGCCUGGUGAAGACGUAUGUGCGGCGCCCGUAUUGUUGCCAUGAGCUAUUUGGGUUUGAUAUUAUGCUGGAUGAACACCUCAAGCCCUGGAUCUUAGAGGUCAACAUUUCCCCAAGCCUCCACUCCAACUCCCCGCUGGAUGUGAGCAUCAAGGGCCAGAUGAUCCGGGACCUCCUCAACCUCGCCGGCUUUGUUCUGCCCAGCACGGACAGUGUGGCCUCAAGGCCACAGACAAGUGGCUCUACAUGCAGUCUGAGCAGUGCUUUGAAGGAGAAGCCCAAGCCAGCAUCUGAGCAUUUCAUAGCAGAAAAGAUGAAGGCAGCCUAUUACUUGACACAGAAGAUACCUGACCAGGAUUUUUAUUCCUCUGUCUUGGACACCCUGACCCCAGCCGAUGUCCGCGUCCUGGUGGAGACGGAGGACGAGCACUCGCGGCGCGGGCAGUUCGAGCGGGUGUUCCCCACCCCCCUCUCCAUGCGGUACCUGCGCUUCUUCGAGCAGCCCCGUUACUUUAACAUCCUCCUGACCCAGUGGGAGCUCAAGUACCACUUGAAUAAACAGAAAG